GAAACGGCUCCUUUCAUUUAGAGAAGCUCUCUGCGUUUGUUCAGACAUGUUUUGGAGGACUGCCUGCUUCUUUCUCGUUCUUACUUUGGGGGGUCUGGUUCUCGGCGGGCCCCUGACGGACCCCCAUCCCAACAUCACGGACCAGGAGCUGUUCUGGGGGGCCGACCAGUACGACUUCGCCGUGGUGCUUCCCGCCUCGGGGUUGGAGUGUUUCUGGCACUUCGCUCACCACGGAGAAACUUUCUACCUGAACUUCAUGGUCCAGUGGGUUACCGGAGUCGGCCAUGACAGACACCUGUCCGUCAGCGUGAACGCUCCAAGCGGUCUGAUGGUGUCCACCGUGGAUGAUGCAAAGGGUCAGAUCAACUUUGAAGCCAAAGAGACAGGUUUCUAUCAGAUGUGUUUCAGCAACUUCCACAACCACUUCGGCACCAUGCAGGUGUUCCUCAGCUUCGGCGUUUACUACGACGGCUUCCAGGACCCCGCCAAGCAGCAGGAGGAAGAGAAGAAGAAGAAAGCGGAGGGCAGCAAGGAGCUGAACAACACACUGAGUGUUAUAGAGCGAUCGAGUCACAAAGUGGAGAACUUCGUCUUCCACAUGUUUCGCUUCUACAGCUUCGGCCGCAUGAGGAAGAGCGCCGACUACUACCUGCUUCAGUCCAACUCGCAGUACAUCAGCUGGUGGUCGAUGGCCCUCAGCGUCCUCAUCGUCACCUCCGGGUACCUGCAGCUCCUCUUCCUCAAGAGACUCUUCAUCAAUACCAACGGCCAGGAGGAGAAGCCUCGCUGCUGACGGGCUCAGACUGGUGUGCGGUCAGCGUAGUUAGAGACGACUAAACUGUGAGCACAUGUGAGGAACAUGAUGCUAACGGGCUGUGCUUGACGUUUUCUCUGGGGUUGUAUUUGUGUACAUGUUUGUCUUUACUCAGAAUAAAUAAACUGUUCAAUAAAAAAGUGUGA